GACAAGGGUCUCGUCAUCACCACCAAGGUUAACGCCGAGUCUGAUAAAAACAUGUUCGAAUCCGCUGGAUCCAUUGUUGAGAAGAUUUUGCGUGAAGAAGCAGAUGACCGCCUUCCCGAAGCGUCCAGGCCUGAUUAUACCAACCUCUUAAGGAAUUGCAACAGGCGACGCCAACGCCAACGCCCCAAAGAUCCCACAGACAUGGACUUUGAGCUCGACAUGGCGUUCAUCAACGAGAAGAUCUCGUCGUCUUUCUUCCGGGCCGAGGUCCGCAACGGCGAAAGACGACAUCUUAUAUUCGCCACAGACCAGCAACUUCAACUGUUGAAGAAAGCAAAGACAUGGUACAUUGACGGAACGUUUAAGGUGGUCCGACAACCCUUUUACCAGUUGCUUUCCAUUCAUACUUUCGUAAGGUCCGGUGACGACAUGAAGCAGCUUCCGUUACUGUUUGCGGUGAUGGCCGGAAAAACCAGUGAAGACUACACACAGGUUUUCAAAGGCGUCAUGGACAUCCUCCAUAACGAAACUCGAGUGAAAGAAUUCAUGGUCGAUUUUGAAGCCGGGAUGUGGCAGGGCCUCCGGGAAGUUUUCGUCGACCCAACAAUUAAAGGAUGUGCCUUUCACUGGAACCAGGCCGUAUGGCGGCACGUGCAAAGCCUCGGUCUCCAGAGCGCCUACAGUCAACGCGACACUGUAUUCACCUUUGUCCGCAAGGUCAUGUCUAUACCGUUCUUGCAAGCGGAACAUGUGAACCAGCGAUUAUGAUGUAGAUUAUAUAUUUGACAAAUACACAAAGAAAUACAAAAAAUAA